AUGCAGUUGUCAAGUUACGAAAAUAUUACCCAAGAGAAUAUUAUCUUUAAUGAACCCAAAGAGUACAAAGUAAAAGAUAGCAAGAUUAAAUACAAACGUAUUCCAAUUGAAGUAAAAUAUCCAAAUAACAAAAAAGGACCACUUGUAGUUGAAACUCCAUUUCUUUUUAGUUUUGGUGUUAGUGAAAAGAAAAAUCAAGAAACAGGUAAAUUGGUUGGUUAUAGUAUUCCAGUAUGUCUUUGGUCUAAAGAUAGUGAACCUGACAAUAAAGAAAAAGCAUUUUUUAAUUUUAUUAAUAUUUUAAAAACUUUAUCUCAGCAACAUUUAGAGAAUGAAUACGGGCCAGAUCAAGCCUCAUCUUUAUCUUCACCAUUUUACUAUAAACAAAUAGAAUAUACAGACAAAAAAGGAAAAAAGAGAACAAAAGUUGAUGAAUCAUCAUCACCAAUUCUUUAUACAAAACUUAUUUACUCAGAAAAAACAAAAAAAAUUUUAUCUUUGUUCAAGGGAAAAAAAGGUCGUGAUUUAAAUCCUUUUAAAUAUAUUAACCAAUACUGUAGAGUUAAAUUAGCAUUAAUAGUUGAAGGAAUUUUUAUAAGUAAGACUGUUACAUCUUUACAAAUAAAAGUACAUGAGUGUUAUGUUAAAGAUUUAGAACCAAGAAAAAGUUUACUCAAAAUUAAUGAAAAAAAUAGUGACAUUGAAAGUGAUACUGAAGAGACAAUUGAUCAAUUA